CAGUGUCGGAGAUAAAAGACGAUUUUAGAAACCCGAAAAAGAACUCUAUAAAGCGAGCUGAAGAUGCAUCGUUAAAAGAAGGAAAACAAAGGCAUGUUCCUGCCACACCAGAAGACAUCGUCCCUAAGUGUCAGACAGACAAACGUUGGAAACAAAUCAUGGAUCAACACAGAAAGACGUAUGCUUCUAAGACGGUAGGCGAUCUCCCAGCAGACUUUUGGGAGGUAGAAUGUAAGGCAGCAAACAAACUCAUUUCCAGUUUGAAACUAACUAAAACCGAGGGCAAAACGACAGCAGACGACACCUCUUUUACAGAUAAAAAGCAUGACAAUGAGAAAACGGUACGUAUAGAUUAUUCUGACACCUACAUAAAAUUUCAAAAUACUCGACGAUUCCCCACAGGCGUGAAUAAAAGCGACAAAAAGAAAAUAAGUCGGUUUACCAAAUUAAUAAACGAUAAAGUACGAAAGAAGAGUGCUGAAAUACUUCUAGAACGUAUGUCAGACGACAAAAACCAACGUACAACGGUAAAGGAUGAAGUGAAUGAAAAAAUAUCAUCUAUGCCUGCAACUACAAAGAAAGGUUACACUACACAACCUUUGAAUAUGCACCCACGCAAAAUUAAAAGCAAAGGUAAUAGGCAUGUUAAAAUUCCCAUAAUUACCAGCAAAAAGAAAGAAAACGUAACGAAAACAAACAAUAGUUACAAAACAUCAUCUGUAAAUGACAUAAAGAAAAUACAAAAGAAAAUCCAAAUAGAAAAAGCAGAAAAUGUGAAAGAAAUUCCUAAAAUAUGUAGCAAAAAGACGAAGAUUCAAGAAAAUAGAAACGAAAUAGAUUGCAGAAGUGCUGAUAACUUUGCCCAGACCAAAAUUAUGAAGUCGAAACGUAAAGAGAAGGUUACUGAAAAUGGCAGUGAUAUAUAUUUUGCAAAGAAUGUGUCUUCAUUGACAAAUUCAAAAAGAAACAAAAUCUCAAAGAUUUAUUCCGAUAUAUCAGUAAAGCAUUCUUCAACAAUCCCGGCGCGUGAAAGACACCCAGAUGCACCUAAAUGUGACACUUCA